UGGCAGGUGGUGUGUGCUUUUAAACCAUACAGUAGGGGUAAUGUUUAGGACGAUAGGUAGGUCGUUAUAGGGAAAUAAACACACUUUGGGAUGUUAAUUUGUCGUCUUCUGUUUGAUAGUGUUGUGUUACGUGCCAUCACGUUUCCUUUAAACCCAGCGGACUCGCAGAGAUUAGCGUCGGGGUUCCCCUCUCUGAGCACAGACACUUUGUGCUUCACGGUCAGCGGUGAAUAAGAACAACUGCUCCUUCAUCAUGCAGCUUCUGCAAAACCCCACGGAGAAGCCCAACAUGUUGAUUAUAUGUCGCCUCCGGUGUAAGUGAACGAGCGAACGACCUCCGGGCCACGACUGACACGGGCUCACAUCCUGCAGCUGCCUCACCUCAUCCGCCGGUGCUGCACACAAUAUGUUGUGUUGAUGACAUUUUUUUUUUUUUUUUUUGGAAGUGGUCGUGCCUUUUUGUUUUCAUUUGGUGAUAUGCGGAUCCGCGAGCGCCACGCAACGCGUUUCUUUCUGCUUUGAAAAUGAGGAAGCGUUUCCAUAAAGACCCAGUGAAUGGCAAGAAGGUCUCGUCGUCCGUGGGCCCGGAUCUGAGUAAAAUGAGAAGGAAAUGCAACAGCAGCAUGAAAAUUGUCCUACAAAAUGACACGAAAGGAGGUGAAACUGUGGCGGUAGAGAAGAUGCAGCAUCAAUGAAGGCGAUCUGGACAAGUUUAGAGUCGCUCAUAAUGAACAGAAAUACUUUGCAGCUCGAUAGCACAUCGUUUCCACAAUAUUGAGAUAUUUCUUUCGGCUUUGGGAGAUUUUCUAAUUCACCAGUGUUCUGUUUUCGCAUUGCAUUUGUUAUCUAUUUGAUUUGUUUUUGGUUUUUUUUAAUACUUUUGAUCCGGAUCCAGCCCUGACUAUUCAAUGGAAGUAUGUUAUCAGCUGCCGGUUUUGCCUUUAGACAGGCCGGUUCCCAAGCAUGUCCUCAGCCGGAGGGGAGCCAUUAGUUUCAGCUCCAGCUCUUCUCUCUUCGGGGCUCCUGAUCCAAGACAGCUGUCACAGAGACGAGGGGCCAUCUCCUACGACAGCUCCGACCAGACAGCACUUUACAUUCGUAUGCUAGGAGAUGUGAGAGUGAGAAGUCAGGUUGGAUUUGAACCGGAACGAAGAAGCUCCCACCCGUACCUGUGCAUCGACUUCAGAACUCUUCACACACGGCUGGGCUAUGGGUCCAUGUCAGCGAGCUCUUCUCCUGAGAGGAGGGUCCACAGACUGCUCAGCUUCCAGAGGUACCUGCACUCGUCCCGCCUGCUGCGGGGCAUCCCCCAGCAGAUCCCCCUCCACAUCCUGGAUGAAGACUACACUGGACAGGCCAGAUGCAUGCUGGAAAAAGUCGGGAACUGGAAUUUCGACAUCUUCCUCUUCGAUAGGUUGACAAACGGAAACAGCCUGAUCAGCCUGACCCUCCACCUGCUCAACCAGUAUGGCCUGGUGGAGCUCUUCCAGCUGGACAUAGUCAAACUGUGGAGGUUCCUGGUCAUGGUCCAGGAGGACUACCACAGCGACAACCCCUACCACAACGCUGUCCACGCUGCAGACGUCACACAGGCCAUGUACUGCUACAUGCGGGAGCCCUUGCUUGCCAAGUCUCUGACCUCCUGUGACAUCAUACUGGGAAUCCUCGCAGCCGCCACACAUGACCUGGACCAUCCUGGGGUCAACCAGCCUUUCCUCAUCAAGACUGACCACUAUCUAGCGACACUCUACAGGAAUACCUCAGUUCUGGAAAACCACCACUGGAAGUCAGCGGUGGGCCUGCUCCGAGAGACGGGGCUGUUCUCCCACCUGCCUGCCGAGGACAGCCUGAAGAUGGAGAGGGAGUUAGGCUCCUUAAUCCUGGCCACCGACAUCAGCAGACAGAAUGAGUACCUGUCCAGGUUCCGCAGACACCUGGACCAGGAGAACCUGAGCUUGAGCAACGGCAGCCACCGUCACUUCAUCCUGCAGAUGGCUCUGAAGUGUGCAGACAUCUGUAACCCCUGCAGACCCUGGGAGCUGAGCAAACAGUGGAGUGAGAAAGUGACCCAGGAGUUCUUCCAACAAGGAGACAUUGAGAAGAAGCACAAGCUUGAAGUCAGCCCAGUUUGUGACCGAGAGAUGAACACAGUUGGCAACAUUCAGAUGGGCUUCAUGACGUACGUGGCGGAGCCGCUGUUUGCAGAGUGGACCCGCUUCUCCGACACCCGUCUGUCCCAGACCAUGCUGGGCCACAUGGGGCUGAACAAGGCCAGCUGGGGCAGCCUCCAGCAGGAACAGCCCCCCGUCUCCGUGAAAGCCGAGCCCAGCUCGCCCGGCACCGACGCAGAAGGCGGCGCCGCUGCCCGGAGAGACGGCAACACCGCUACAGGAGGAACCAGCUCCAAAGAAUUACCUCAGGGAAGCAGAGAAUCCUGACACUCCUCGUGUGCCCUUUCACCUCAACCUCCCGACCCCUGACCCUCACCACACACUGGGGGGCCGGGUGGGGCAUACAACUUCCUGCAGCCCUUCCGCUGCCCCACCUGAUCCUAACCCAUGUUUAUGUUUCGUUGCUUUUGCCUCCCAUCUUGAUAAACCACUGAUUUUAUUUAAUUUAUUUAAUUUUUAAUUCCUCUUUUUUCCUUUGCAUAGAGCAAUACAUAGAUACCUCAUUUGGCUACUGCUGUAUUUUCUUUUAUUUGCUUUGUUUUAUUUAUUUGUCCACUGUAGUUUUGGCAUUACUGACUGAACACACUUGUGUUUGUUGGUGAACCUUGAGGGGAAAGCAGAAGAAGAACUAAAGAACCUUUUGGUUCUGGUAUUUUUGAAGUGCCAUUUGAAAACAAAGAUUUGAAGAAUGAUCCGAGACGACUGGAGUAUCGAGACACGAGACCCUCCUGAGACUUUAAAGUAAUGCCGUGUUGCAUUCGUAUUGAAGAUUCUUCCUCAUCUUGAAAAUGUGACAAGCCCGGUCCGUUUGCUGCCUGUACGAAGACUGUUUACACGUCUCCUUCAUCGUCGUUUCGUUCUCUAAAACUGAAGUGAAUCAUGUCGGGUUUGCCUUGGAAGCACAGAGCCGCUCGUUUGAACUGUCAUCCCACUGUUGAAGCCAUGAGCAGAACCUUAUUCAAACACACCAGAUGCCAUAAGUAACUCCACCUGUGCUCGUGUCCUUGCACGCCCGAUUAACGACGGCGGUGGAUGUGCAGCUUCGACCCCGUGAAGGUGUUGUAGACAUUAGUCCUUUUCUGGUGACUCUUCCGGCGCUGGUUGAACUCGAGGGGGGGAAGGGUAGCUUCCCUCCCAGACUGGAGAUCAGUUACUCACUGCACAUGCAUCUCACCUGGAACUCCACGCAACUCGCUCAGGGUUUUGCCAGUCUCUUGUGAAGAGGGGAGAAGGGGACUGCGGAUGAUGCAGGAUUGUGUUUGUGUUCCUGGCUAGGAUCUACUGAAGGACGCUCUCCCUCUCCGCAGAAUGUCUCACAGCCACAUGCAACCUAAAAGGACUGCUCGAUCGAUGCCUUAUAACUAUGCACAAACUAUGCUAAGUGACCAAACCAGCUCCUGUUCCCAUCAAGUGCAUGGUGUGCUUGUCUUUUGAAUGCACUGUCCAAUCCCUUUUGCCUUGUUUGUUGUGAGGAACAACUCCAGCUGUCCUUCUUUUGUACGGAAAACAAAAUGGUCAAGUGACUUUGAACAUUCCAUUUCUUUGUUUGGUUCGUCGACUUUGAUUCUGUGUAGUGGCACAAAUUGUGUUUAAACAUUUUUGAAAGAUAACAGGUGCUUUUCUUACUUUAGCUGAUUUGUAUUCUUGCUGUAAGUGCUGUAAGACUGUUGAUAAAACUGUUUACAAUUUGUUGCGACAGCCAUCUUUGGGAAGACUUCAGUGUCGAGCCAGAUUUUGUAAAGGCUUUGCUGUAUUGACCUUUUUGAUACAUGCCUGUUGCAGUUACGAUUUGAAUAAUAAAACCUGUUGUUGACAAAU